AUUUUUGCGCAAAUAAGACGCGUCUAGAGUUUAGCGUCAGUUAAAAAAUAACUUUAUCAAGUAUUAAGUCUAUAAGGAUUGUUCGGUUUUAAUAUUAAACACAUAUACGUAAAGCUAGAGCUUAAUAAAAACAAUGGAUGAGUCACGCGAGGAAAGCCAGUUCAUUGUGGACGAUGUCAGCAAGACAAUUAAGGAGGCCAUUGAGACAACUAUUGGUGGGAAUGCAUACCAGCACGAUAAGGUAAACAACUGGACCGGUCAAGUGGUGGAGAACUGUCUAACUGUGCUGACCAAGGAGCAAAAACCAUACAAAUAUAUUGUGACCGCUAUGAUAAUGCAAAAAAAUGGCGCUGGUUUGCAUACGGCCAGCUCGUGCUACUGGAAUAACGACACUGAUGGCAGCUGCACUGUGCGCUGGGAAAACAAGACCAUGUACUGCAUUGUUUCUGUUUUCGGCUUGGCCGUUUAGAAGCAAAAAAAAAAACUACAAAUGAUA